CUCCCUGUCAUGUUGCCUCAUGUAUACUUACUUAUCCGGCCAAGAGCUGUUACCUGUGGAUCAAAAGGCGGUGCUGAUCACAGGUGUGAGGCCAAAUUAAAUUCCUGCGUGUUGUAAAACUGGUUGGUUUGGCUGCAAAGUUUGAACUUGGAUAGGGCUCUAAUUAGGAUUAUCCAGCCUUAUCCCAACCCAGAAAAUUCUUCCAAGAUAAGAACAUUAGUUCCAGAAUCAUUUGCGGGGAGGUCAUCACGCCCCACCCCAGCCUGAGGCCACCAUCCACUGGGGUGAAAGCAAACAGGGGGCGCGGAUGGAAGUGAAUCAGAGGUUCUCUCAAUUCCCUGAGAAGUGGUCUCUAAAGCGACUUGUCUACUUUUCCUUUUCCUUUACCCUGAUAAAGAAAUUCUCUAAGACAAAAUGCAAGUUGGCACUUGUUGGAAUUUUGAAGUGCUGCGGGAAACAAGCUUCUUCAGCGAAAGCAAAACAAAACAAAACAAAGGUAGCGAUUCUGGGAUUGGCCAUGCUUUGUCUAAGCAUCUGGAUGAGCUGGGCUUCACAGUAUUUGCCGGAGUUCUGGAUGCAAAGGGAUCAGGAGCGGAGGAAUUACGAAGAAGCUGCUCCAAGCGCCUGUCUGUGCUCCAGUUGGACAUCACUGACCCGCAGCAGAUCAAAGACGCCUACAGCAAAGUCCUGGAGAAGGUGCAGAACAGAGGACUGUGGGCUGUGGUCAACAAUGCUGGGAUCAUUUGCUUCCCAGCCGAGGGGGAGCUCAUCCCCAUGACCCACUACAAACGAUGCAUGGCUGUGAACUUCUUUGGGGCAGUGGAAGUCACGAAGGCAUUUUUGCCUCUUCUUAGGAGAUCCAAAGGGAGGCUGGUGAGCAUCAGCAGCAUGGCAGCAGGGGUCCCAAUGGAAAAGCUGGCAGCUUAUGGGUCAUCCAAGGCGGCUCUGACCAUGUUUUCGGCAGUCAUGAGACGAGAACUUUCCAAAUGGGGAAUUAAAGUCUCUGUCAUCCAGCCCGGAGGCUUCCAAACAAAUAUCGCAGGCACGAGUGAAAUGCAGGACAAGCUGGAGAAGAACCUCUUGGACCACCUCACCCCGGACGUGCAGGAAGACUACGGCCAGGACUAUAUCCUCGCAGAACGGAAUUUUCUCAGUGUAUUGAACGUGAAGUCUCAACCAGAUGUCUCCCCGGUGCUCCGGGACAUCCGGCACGCCAUCUCCGCUAAAAGCCCCUUCGCCUUUUACGCACCGGGGAAGGAGUCUUAUCUGUUCCUCUGUUUUGCUUCCUUUGUCCCUACUUGCGUAUUUGAUCUUUUUCUCAAGAACGAUGGACAGAGCAUGCCCAGAGCUCUAAGGAUGCCUAACUGGAAGAAUAAGGCCAUGUAGACAAAUAAGCGCCCAGUGUUAUAGACGAGGGAAACCCGAGCUUCCCAUUAAAGUUGUGGUUUCUACCUUCA